AUGGAGGAGAAGAGGAAGAAGUGGUUGCUGUACCUCAUAGCAUUCGUAAUCUUUCAGACCGGCGUAAUAGUUCUGUUCUCGAUGACGGUGAUGAAAUUCCGGACACCCAAGUAUCGAGUUCAAUCGGCGUCAUUAACCAAAUUCGAUGUCUCCAACAAUUCUAACCCUUCGUUCAAUCUGUGGAUGGACGCCAGACUCCGGGUGAAGAACACCAACUUCGGCACCUAUAAAUUCGACAACUCCACCGUCGUCUUCUACUACAACGGCACCCAAGUAGGCAGCGCCGUCGUCCGCAAGUCCAAGGCCAAUUUCCGAUCAACCAAGAAGCUCAAGGUUGCGGUAAAUUUGGUCUCGCCGACCAGCCUAGCCAACAAUCAACAACUGGCUAACGAUUUGAGUCUGGGGAUUCUGCCUCUGACCAGCAAGGCGGAGAUGAAAGGGAAGGUGAGGAUCAUGUUCAUGUUCAAGAAGAAGAAAUCCGCAAAGUUGGAUUGCUCCAUGCAACUCAACACCCAAACAAACACCCUGCAGAAUGUGAAGUGCAAGUGA